CCGCUGCCUCCCGGGGGUCUCGGGUGACGUCGCCGAGCUAUGGGGCGGCCCGUGGCUCAGCUCGCCGCGCUCCUCUUCGGCUCCGUGCUCGUGGCUCGCUUCGCAGCCAUGGCGUGGCGCUCCAGCGGCUCCUCCAACGCCGAGCUCGUGGGGAACCUGAGGAAGAAUGGGGUCAUCAAGUCGGAGCGCGUCUACCAAGUGAUGCUCGCGACAGACCGCAAGCACUAUGCCAAGCGCAACCCCUACGUGGACACACCUCAGUCCAUAGGCUAUCACGCCACCGUCAGCGCCCCGCACAUGCACGCAUUUGCGCUGGAGCUGCUGCAGGAUCGGCUGCAGGAGGGAGCCUCGGCGCUGGACGUGGGCUCCGGCAGCGGCUACCUCACCGCCUGCUUGGCCAGGAUGAUUGGGCCACGCGGAAAGGUCAUUGGGGUGGAUCACAUCCAGGAGCUGGUGAGCGAAGCCAAGGUGAACGUGCAGAGGGAUGACCCCAGCCUAAUCACCUCCGGCCGCAUAAAGCUGAUCCUUGGGGACGGGAGGCUUGGCUACCUGGAGGGGGCACCAUACGAUGCCAUCCACGUGGGGGCAGCAGCAGCCAUCGUGCCGCAUGCCCUCCUGGACCAGCUGAAGCCGGGGGGACGCCUGGUGCUGCCCGUGGGGGCAGCGGGUGGCGACCAGAUGCUGGAGCAGCAUGACAAGUUAGAGGACGGUACCAUCAGGAGCAAGCCGCUCAUGUCCGUCAUGUAUGUGCCGCUCACCGACCGCGACAAGCAGUGGUCCAGGUGCUACUGACUUCUUUGUUGGCCCCUUCCUGUCCCUUCCACAGCCACAGGGACGAGUUGUGAAGCAGCCCCGCUGGCAUGGCCGUGCCGUAGCCAGCGCCAGGCCGUCGGCAACCCGACUCACUGUUUGUGCUUGGAGCCAAAGCGCAGCGACGGCGCAAAGGAAGGCGCGCCUCCGGGAUUGUGAGCAUGACGUGUGCUGCCACGCCAGCGCGCUCGCCGCAUGACUGGCGAGCGCAUUGUAUCGGGGACACAAUGCGCACAUCCUUUUGCCGUGCACUGUGCUGCACAGUGGCUUCACGGGGACGGAGAACCCGUGAGCGAUGCUUUGUUUACGAAUGUAGUGCUUCCAGUGGAAUUGCCGGUGUGAUGGAGUGUAAUAUUCUCAUGUAAAAAUGAAGUGUACAGUUGAGGGCGAGGAAAGGCCCUUUACAUGGCCUUACGUCAUGUGACGGGUGAGAGGUGUCGGGUCUGGGAGAGACGCCGUUGUCUGCUUGCUUUCAAAGAUUUUUGUUUGGCUGUUAACCACAGCCGUUCCCGCGGGUUCCCUUGUAGAUUUUGUUGCAGCUCCCAAGAUGCGGCUGUGCUAUUGCUUCCUUUCAUCCGCAUGACUUGCGGUGAGGCUAAGCCGUAUUGUUUGCCGUGCAUCUUCAGCCUCGGCUGUGUUACUUUCUUUCCUAAGCACUUAAGUCGCUGCCUGCCUGCAGCUUCGGAGAACUGUUUCUCUAAUAAACCUGCGACUUAUAAGCAUC